UGUAUUGUAAUGAAAACACAUUGUUCCAAUUAUUUAAUUGAAAUUGUGUUCCAGGACUGUACAUUGUCAGAUUUUAAAGGGGAUCUAUAAAUAACUUUAAUAUAUCCAUAUCUUGUGUGUAUAAUAUAAAUAAGCAAUGUGUUUGAUAGAAAAGGGUUAAUACUUUAAUGACCUUCACAUUGCAUUUGCUUUUUAAGAGGUUUUUAUUAUGAGGGUUGAUAGUCUGCUUUAGUGUUUAGGUAUGGUAUCAAUACAAAAUGAUGUCCAAACAUGUAUGAAACUAAUGUUAGUUAACUGAGAAUCUGAUCUUAGUGAGUCUCAUAGAUAAGUAUUCUCUCCAACAGGUAGGAUGGCUAACAUUGGAAGUUCAAUGGAGAGAGUGAGGAAGAAGAAACGAGUCACUCCACAACAAGAUGCAGAGCAACACAUUCAGCUGAAAAUUGAUAAGGCUGGACUCGAAGAGCGUUUUAUCAAUCUGCACAAAGGUCGGGGUGUUUUUGCUACUGAGGCUUUCAGAAUAGGAGAUUUUGUGCUUGAAUACCGUGGCAAACUUCUCAAACAGGACGUCCCCCUUUCUUUGAGGCACUAUGAUGACACAGAAGCAGUGUUCCUGUUUGAUUUUCAGUGGAAAGGGAAAAAUUAUUGUCUUGAUGCAUCAGUUGAAGACAAGUCGCUUGGAAGGCUGGUGAACGAUGACAACCGAAAGCCUAACUGCAAGAUGAAAACUAUUGAUAUUGUUGGGAUGCCACACCUAUGCUUGUUUGCUAUAAAAGACAUUACCCCAGGUGAAGAAGUAACAUACAACUACGGCGAUGCAGACUGGCCUUGGCGCAAACAGCAGAAAUCAUCACCUGAAGUCUGGAAGCAGACUGUGGAUGAGAGUGACAGACCUCAGGUAGGAGCCACAUUACUGCAUAGACUACUUAAUCCCUCAGGGAUGAGACGGUAUUGGUAAUCUGUGUUGUAUAUAGUGGGUCAGUGAGUAUGAAUUACCUCCCAGCACUUCUCUUAUGGCAGCCCAAGUAGUCUGUGUCCAUAAGUACUUCUCAUGUCUGUGUGUCUGCUGUUGGGAUGGACUCUGUCUGUCAGUUACCACACUACAAGUAUGUCUAGACUGACAAACUGGUGUCUAAAGGUUUCAUCUAACGGACGUCCCCAAUUGGUUUUGGUCAGCAAGUGUGUGUGUUUUGAACGACCCCAAAAGUAUGUCUAGACUGACAAACUAAACUAAGUUUCACUUGCUUGAACGUCUCAUAACACUGAGCAGUUAAAAUGUUCCCAGACGUGACAUAAAUGGAGCCACCUACAUCCUCACACACUUAAGUUCAAACUUUAAG